AUGUGCGCGUGGGUCGUGGGUGGCCGAUCAGAGACGCAUGAGUGCCGCAACUCGUGGAUCAACGACUGCUGCCGGUCAGAGACGAACCUCAAGCGAUGCCACAUGCAGGUGCAGGUGGUGUCGAUCGUGGCGUACGUGGGCGCCCUCCUGGGGAUCGUCCUCAUGUACGUCUGGUACGUGCCCACUACCUCCUGCAAGCUCAACAUCCUCUUCAUCACCGUCACGCUCGUCCUCGUGCAGCUCAUGACAUUCAUCUCAGUCAACUCCAAGGUGAAGGCAGGGUAUCUGGCACCAGGUCUCAUGGGGAUCUACGUCGUCUUCCUCUGCUGGUCGGCCAUCAGAAGUGAGCCGCACACCGAGAUCUGCAACAGGAAAGCAUCGGUCGCAACAAGCGCAGACUGGCUCAACAUAGCGAGUUUUGUGAUUGCGGUGAUCGUCGUCGUCGCGGCUACCUUCUCCACCGGAAUAGAUUCCAAGUGCCUUCAGUUCAAGAGGACUGAGACGGAGUCCGAGGACGACAACAUCCCCUACGGAUUCGGCUUCUUCCACUUCGUGUUCGCCAUGGGCGCCAUGUACUUCGCCAUGCUCUUCCUCGGCUGGAACGCCCAUCAGAAGAUGGAGAAGUGGACGAUCGACGUCGGCUGGGCGAGCGCGUGGGUGCGCAUAGGCAACGAGUGGCUAGCGGCCAUCGCAUACAUAUGGAUGAUAAUCUCUCCGAUCGUGUGGAAGAGCAGGCAGGUGGUGUCGUCGUCCACAUGUGCAUGAGUGAAUACUUUUCUCUCGCUCGUGCUAAUUAACUCUGAAAGUCUGAAGAAAAUCAAAACAACAACAACAAACAAUGCUUGCACAACAGCAAGGUAGAUGAGAAGGAUGCAUGGUGAUCAGAAAGUGGUGGUCACUUGUUUUUGCAUAACUGAAGGUAAAGGGAAAGGGGGAAAGGAAAGAGCCAAAUGUGUUCGUCGGUGUAUACAAGGCCAAUUUUGCCUGUGGCCGUUGCAGAUAAAAGGCUACUAAUUCUUUUGGAGUUGAGUCGAUUGUAUAUUCUCACUCUGAAAAGAGAUUUAUGAAAGAACAAGCACGUUACAUAUAUGCUUGACAAGAAUUCCAAUUUCAA